CCACCACACUUUGGCUCCUCCGCCCUCUGCUCUGCUCUGCUCGGCAGCCGAAUCUCCCUCCGCCCGCCCGCCCGUGGUCAGGUUAAGCAAAAGACCACUGCUUCGGAUUGAUGUAGCGUUCUUACGAGAUGUCGGCUUGCAUGGUUUCGGUCAUUUUGUCAAUCAGAUAGGGCUUUUGGUUCCAUGGAUUCUCUAAUUAAGGAUGACGCCUUGCUGAACAGAAACCCUCGGCACCUUGCCCCUUUGCCAGAGGAUGCCGUUAACUAAGGUGCACAAACGUGGGGCUAUAAGCCGUUCCAUUGACAUUGGUAGCUUCUCUGGAUACGGAGAACUGAAUCAAGCUUUGGCCCACAUGUUUGGCAUGGAAGGGCAACCCGAAGAUCGACAGAGUAUAGGUCGUUGGAAGUUUAUCUACCAGGAUUAUGAGGGUGACUUCCUAUUUGUCGGUGAUGACCCAUGGGAGGAGUUUGUGAUCAUCGUCAAGUCCAUUUGGAUCCUGUCACCUCAAGAGGUUCUUCAACCGAUGUUUCCGGGUGGUGAUUUAACAUAAGGCUGUAGCCUACCAAAUCAACGCAGUGAAGAAUAUAGUGUAUAUGUGUGAGCUUAUUGUUGUGAGGGCUAAAAUUCUCCUAAGGCUAGCUUGAUCAUGGGUGCUGCGACGCGCCAUUUAAAUGCUACGUACAUUGUAUCUGGGCUAUACAUUUUUCGUGCUUGUACUAUUUUCACACAACAAUAGUGUGUUUAACUCUGAGAAAGAGAAGAUGAUAGCAUCGAGCGACUAA